AAUACAUUAAAUUAGUUUGCAGCAAAACCAAACACGUGAUUAUCAUAAAAUCAGUUGAAUUAUACUCUAUUACUACAUAAAGGAUGAAUGUGAAAUUCUAAAACCAUUUGUGUUGUAAACAGUCAUGUCAUAUUAUUAAUUUUUACUAAUUUUUAAACUAAAAAUAAACUAUUUAGUUGACUUCAAUUUUGAAACAAUAUAUAAGGACACUAACUAGCUAGACUGACAUAUUUAUAUAUAUCUGGAAACUGAAAAAAAAAUGAGGAAAGAUAAAACGAUAUUUGUGAUUCUUCAUAUUGUCAACACAAUAUUCAUAAAAAUGGUGAGCAGCAACAAAACGGUAAAUCAGAUUAAGGCAAUGUAUGUGUUGGGUGAUUCUUCUGUUGAUUGUGGAGAAAACACACUCUUUUUCCCAUUUCUCCUUAACAAUCUCUCUUUACACCCUUGUGAUGGUCCUCCUUCUGCCAUUCUUCCUCAUCUUCUUGCAAAGAAGAUCGGAUUGCCAUAUCCAAUACCUUUCUAUAGCCAGAACGGAUCGACGGAGGUGCUCCUCCGUGGGGUGAAUCUAGGGUCAACCGGAGCCACCAUCAUGAGCAACCCAACCAACUCAGUCCUCCAGUCCCUCAACCAGCAGCUUCGCCAAGCAUUUGAGAUUUUUCAGCUACUACAACUGGAACUUGGCCAAGAAACUGCUACUAACUUCAUCGAAUCCUCCACCCUUUUCUACCUCUCUUUUGGCAAAGACGACUACAUUGAUAUCUUCCGCAGCAAGUCCGCUAAGAGUCCAGGAUCAAAUGAAACGCAGCUGUCACGUAUUUUGGUGGAUCAAAUGACUAACGCAAUCCAGUAUCUGUAUGGUUCAAGUGUGAGGAAGUUUGUAUUUAUGGGGAUACUGCCUUUAGGAUGUGCACCUAGGUUUUCUCAAUGGACGAAUAAUGCAGUGAGUGGUGGUGGUCACAGUGGAGAUAGGGUGGUUUGUGCAGAUGAGAUCAACAAUCUUAUAUUGGAGUAUAAUGCUUUUCUGGAAAACCGUAUUAUAAGCCUUAAUGUUGAAUUAGCCGAUGCACAGUUGAUUUUUUGUGACGUUUAUCGCAUGAUGAUGGAGAUCAUAAAAAACCCAAACGCAUAUGGAUUUGAGAAUGUGAAUAGUGCAUGUUGUGGGAUAGGCAUGGAUAAUGGGAUGAGCGGCUGCAUGUCCAUGAACAUGGUUUGCAAAAACCCUUCAACCUAUGUUUGGUGGGAUCUAUUCAACCCUGGGCGUGUAGUCAGCUCAUUGCUUGCUGACUCAGCCUGGUCUGGCCAAUUAUUGCCCGACAUUUGUCGCCCUACCACUCUCCAGAAGCUGGUAUCUUCUUGAGUCACAUCUGAACUAAGUGACUCCAGUUUACAAUGAAAGGGGAAAAGGAAUGUUCUGCCGUUAUACCAUUGACUCGCUUUAAUGUUUUCUAGUAAUUUGGUUCUAUCUUCAUUCUUUGUAUCAUUUAUAUUAAGGGAACCUAUGUACUAAAAAAUAUUCCUUUACCAGGUAUGAAAGUCAAGUAAGAUCGAGUUUUGAAUCGGUAUCCAAAAAACUAAGAUAAGAUAUUCGCGCAAAAGAAAUUGUUGGUAAAUUAAAGCAUGUGGGUGAUUGUCUAGACAUAGUGACGCAUUACUGAUAUAUUUUUCCGCCAAUCGAUAACAUCUUUUGUGACUAAUUUCCAACAUAUUG